UGUCCGGGGGGACCGAGGCCGAGGGACUCAGCGGAGCGGAAGUCAGUGAGUGAGACGACGGCGGCGGCGGCGGUGAGAGGAUGAACAACAAGUUCGACGCAUGAGGAAACUGAGGCUCAGAGAGGGAAAAGGACUUGCCGAAGACAUUAAUGAGACCCAAACUCAGACCUCCUGACGGCUUGAAAGAUGAUGACAGUGGGGACCAUGACCAGAAUGAAGAAAACAGCACACAGAAAGACGGUGAGAAGGAAAAAAGUGAGCGAGACAAAAGUCAGAGCAGCAGCAAGAGGAAGGCUGUGGUCCCUGGGCCUGCAGAACAUCCGCUGCAGUACAACUACACUUUCUGGUACUCCCGGAGGACGCCGGGCCGGCCGACCAGCUCACAGAGCUACGAGCAGAACAUUAAGCAGAUCGGCACAUUUGCCUCCGUGGAGCAGUUCUGGAGGUUUUAUAGCCACAUGGUACGUCCCGGGGACCUGACAGGCCAUAGUGACUUCCAUCUCUUCAAAGAGGGGAUCAAACCCAUGUGGGAGGAUGAUGCAAAUAAAAAUGGCGGCAAAUGGAUUAUUCGACUCCGCAAGGGCUUAGCAUCACGGUGCUGGGAGAAUCUUAUACUUGCCAUGUUGGGAGAACAGUUCAUGGUGGGCGAGGAGAUAUGUGGGGCAGUCGUCUCUGUCCGUUUCCAGGAGGACAUUAUUUCAAUAUGGAACAAGACAGCCAGUGACCAGGCAACCACGGCCCGGAUCCGGGACACGCUACGUCGAGUGCUUAACCUACCUCCCAACACCAUCAUGGAGUACAAAACACACACCGACAGCAUCAAGGCCUGGGAGGAGUUUCAUGGCCUGGUGAACAGCAGCGGCCGCUGAUCGGACGCUCCCCCUCUCUGUCUCUCACACCAGGGGACAAUUCAAGUUUUCGAAAUACAAAAAUCACAUUGUGAAAGUACCCAAGCUGGCAAUAAUCCUUUUCUGUAUGUGUGUGUCUGUCUGUCUGAAACGGAUGGGAGGCCUCCAGCAGCUCCCUCCGUCUGCUCACUGAAGGGACAUCCCCGAUCCAUGGGCUCCCCUUUUGCACUCAUCCCUGGAGGAAGGAUUCCACUAGACGCCCUCCGGCAUCGCUGACUUUAUAAAGCAGAAAGACAGAAAAGAUGACUUUGUAAUAGACAGACUUUUUUUUAAAAAGGGGCUCUGGGGAGAGUUGAACCUUUCAUUUGCUGUGUGUGCCGUUGUCCACAUGCCUUCUGGGCCCUCUCUUGCUCUCUUGUUAUACUUCACAAAGGGUAUUGUGAACACACGUAUGUGCCAGAGCUGUUGACAGCGAGUUUAUCAGUAUUAUGAAUGUCUGUGCAUCUGGGAAGAAUUUCUGUUGGAGAGAGUCACCAUGCUUCUCUGUAAGUGCUCCUUUCUGGCGCUGCCUUUAAAUUAUUGGGACGUUUUGGUUUUUUUCUCCCCCGUUCUCCCUCAUCCUCACCUCUGUCCUCUAAACGUGUCAGUGGUGUGUUGGUGACUGUCCAGGGCUCCGUGUGGCCUCCUGCCAGCCUCCAGUCCUUCCCUCUCUCUUCCGAGGACACUUCCUUUCUUCUUCAGCACGGCUGCGCACGGCGCAGCCUCUGACACGGUGUCUGCUCCUGUUUUGCGGAGGUGCGGGCCCCUCUGCGCAGGAACCGGGCCCCAUCUUGAGCUCUGGCUGUCGGGCUUCCCCGGGGGCAGGGCAUGAGACCCUGAGAGAGAGGCCCGGGUCUGAGGGCCGGCUCUCCCCUCGUUGAGCAGGAAGGUGAGGGAGAGGACUUUGGGAGGCCAGAUCUGGCUGCAUUUUAAGAUGUGCCGUGGGAGGAUCCCGGACAUCAUCGGAGGUGACACAUUGGCCGUUGUUGAUGACAGUCUCGCCUUUCCUGCCUGUUUGCAGCUGGCCAGGAGAGCUCCUUCCCGGCAGUCCUCUGUGCUUGGUGCCCACUCUGGUAAAUACCUGCUGGUCCACGGGAUGCCCAGAUGAAACCUUUGAAAGCUUCUGUCAUCAAGCAUUAAGAUGGACCAGAUCCUUGGUCUGAGAAGUUUGAAUGACCUCUCAACUCCAGAAGGACUGAAUUAGGGAAAGUAGAAUGAGUCCCCAAGGCCCACCUAAGCGCUUGGAUUAGGACCCUGCAGCAGCCUUCCAGUUACGCUGAUCCACUUAGCUCUUGGGAGCAAAGAUUAGCAGUGCCUUAAAAUGAGGGCCUCUCUUGAAAGCGUUCUCUAAGCCUGGGUUGGGGGAGGUGGGGCCAAGUAGGGACCCUCAACCAACUGAUCUUAGAGGAAACCGAUGAGAGUGACAGGCAUUUCCCCAUUGGGCUUAGAAUCGUUUCUUCCUCUCCAGCACCCCCAGUCACCACUGGUUUGGGGAUACUUUUGUUAUUUUUUUUAAUCAUCCUAAAGGUUUUCAUUAGAACAAAUGGAAAAACAAAUGAAAUAUAUAGAGAGUGUGUGCAUGUAUGUGUGUGUGUGUGAGAGAGAGUGAGUGUUGUUGUGCAUUUCCAUUCUUGGCAAAAUCAGGUGUGCCUAAGGAAAUUUGGGGAUGAUUCAGAUUUGAGAAGUGGGAAGCCCGGGUCCUGGCCCUGAGCCACAUGAACAGGACAGGAGAAGCCAGGGGCCGCAUAGAGAGCUUCCCACUGAAACUUGGGCCCCUCAAAGGGAAGUAGCUUUGCUCUUUCCUGGGUAUGGCUCGAUUUGCCGUGGAAAUGCCAGAGGGUGAGUCUGGGGCACCCACCGGUGUGCGUGUACACGUCUGUGUCCAUGGAUUUAAAUCUUUUUAGGUCAUGUAUUUGUGGGGUUUUGUCCAUAUUCCUUUUAACUCAUCUGCUGUUCAGACUCUUGAACCACUGAUAUUUUCCAGAGCUGCUCAUGUCCUCCCCUUCUCCCUCUUCCCACCACUUCUCCCCACUGGCAGUAUUUAAAAUUUCUCCUAGCCAAAAAAAAAAAAAAUUCAUAUAUCUAUAUAUACAUAUAUAUCUAAAUGGACACAGUAUUGAUUAGAACAAUUUCUUCCCCCUUUUAGAUAAGUUUCCCCCCCAUAUUUCUUUGUCCUGGCUGUCCAACCAGUUUCCUUGGGAGAGCUGUGCUCUUGGCUCCAUCCACCCCCUGUUGUUGCGAAUGGAGAGCUGAGGCGUCUCUCACUGGAGCCAGCUUCCGCGCAGCGAGGCAUGACGCGGCUAUCGUUCCGUGGAAGAGCAGUCUGCCAGGGCCAGCCUAGUGAGCAGGGAUGUGGUUCAGCCCCACUCCCACCCCCACUCCCCACACCUGGCACGUUGCUACUCCAUUGUCCCAUUGUCCCUCUUGCAUUUUCUUUUUUGAGGCACCUUUCCCCUUCCCGGUUUUUUUAUCCUUCAGUUUUUGGGGUGUGUUAUUCCUGUGAAAUCAGAAACGGUCAUCAUUUCUUACCCAGAGUAAAGCAUAUGGUUCAAGUUGUUCCCAGAAAGGGCUUGCUGGCUGUUACUAGUGGAGAAUUAGUAGAGGCCAUGGUAAGAGUGAGUG